GGGAGGGUGGUGCGCGUGCGCACAUGGCGGAGAGUCGUGCGCGGAGUCGGACGCGGCGCGCGGAGGACAUGAGACAUGCUGCUGACCGGCAUGGACGGGAAGGAGUACGGGGACACGCCCGGGGCCGCGGCGCCGGCCUCCGGGUACGGCGGACCACACGAUCCGAGCGUGAGCGGUAUGCCGCCUCCGGGGAUGGUGGGCGCGCAGCAGUACGGGGAAGUCAACCAGCUGGGAGGGGUGUUCGUCAACGGACGGCCGCUACCGAACGCCGUCAGGCUCAGGAUCGUGGAGCUCGCUCAGCUCGGCAUCAGACCGUGCGACAUCAGUCGUCAGCUGCGCGUGUCUCACGGCUGCGUGUCCAAGAUCCUGGCGCGGUAUCACGAGACGGGCUCUAUACUGCCGGGAGCCAUCGGGGGCUCCAAACCGAGGGUCACCACGCCCAAAGUCGUGUCCUACAUCAAGCAGUUAAAAGCGAAGGACCCGGGCAUCUUCGCCUGGGAGAUUCGUGACAGACUGCUGGCCGACGGAGUCUGUGACAAGUACAACGUGCCCUCAGUGUCCAGCAUCAGUCGCAUCCUCAGAAAUAAGCUGGGUGGUCCGCUGUACCCCGUGCCUCCGCUGUACCCCGUUCCACCUCAGAGAUGCUGGCCUCUGCACCAACCCUACGACUAUUACGUGUACUUGCAGGGUCGCCAGCAGGCCGGUGUGCCUCACGGACUGACUCACGGACACGGCCCGGCCGUCCCGCACCACGCACACACACACGCUCUAUGACACACACACACACACACACACAAAGCACUGGGACAAGAUAGAGUCGUGAUUGGUGACGUCUUGGAAGCUGUUCCGUCUUGUUGGGUAACGUUUAGGCAGUAGAAGACGCGAUGCGGGGUGUGGACAGCCGCUCAGCCGGCGGUUACUUGGGUUACACUAUACUUCUCAUAAGAUACACGGCCUCAGUCCUUUCACGUUAGAGUGAGUUACCAAAUACCAGCUCCACAGAGUAUUAUAGAGUUUCGAGUCACCACAGACUGAACAGCAGGACGGACGGACGGGGAGCGGAAUAAUAAAGACUUUUAAUAUUAUAAUUUAAAUAUAGUGAUAUUAAAUGUUAGAGGUUAUUAUGAACGAGUAUUAUAGUUUUGUAUAUUGAAUAAGUUAAUAACACUUAGAGUAAGACGGCGAGAGAAGGUAACACGUGUUAAGGAAACAUAACAUUAUACAUCUGUGUGUUGAUUUAGUCUGAUGCUGUCGCUAUUACACAAGGACGGCAGCCUGCGGUGCAAUCGUGUACAUACAAAAUGAUAUGUAGAUAUAAGUACUUACUAUUAAAGGCGAAUAUGGGUAUUUAAUAUAGCAUGUAUGUCUUCAAUAUCGACACGGUGAAACACACGGAACUAGAGCUGACGGAAGUAUUUUAAAAUAAUCACACUUGUAUAUAAUUUAUAGUACUUAUCGAUAUAAUGAUGUAUGAAAAUAAAAUGGUUCUUAUUUAAA